AAAGUAGUGAAGUAUUAUUAUUGCUUGUAGUAAAGAUUUUGAAUCCACUAGUGAAGACUCUGAACUCUGUCAAUUUCAGGGACAAACAUUUUCAUAUCAAUCGGUCACAUAAGGACAAAGAUUUUCUUAUAAAUCUGUCUCAUAACCAGUUAUGAUGCCAUUUGAUUAUUUGGUGGCAAGUUUUUUAUACAAAACUCUGUCAUGCUGCCAUUCCAGAUUCAUGGAACUCUAUAGAAGUCCAAUCUAUAUCGUCUCUUUUUCUCUUAACAUUCUCUUCUCUUCUGCCCUAUGAAGGAGACAAAGCUAGCUGAAACUGAUUCUACUGUUAAGAAGGCUGAAGAUAUGGUCAGCACAAUGCUAGCAAAGGGCUUUGUCUUGGGAAAAGGUGCUAUCAACAAGGCAAAGGUUUUUGACGAGCAGCACCAAUUGACCUCAAAUGCAUCUGCCACAGUAGCUUCCAUUGAUCGUAAAAUGGGUGAUGAUGGGGCAGAGUUUGCACGCUGGGGCAAGGGUCUUAGGGUUAGAGACUGGUGGCAGGAGGGAAGCUGGGCCCUUCCUAGCAGUUCGGCACUUCCUAGCAGUUCGGCACUUCAGAUCAGCCAACCAAUAAACCAUGGACUCCAAAUUGAUAAUUUAAACCCAUCAAAUGGAUAAUCACAAGGAACCCACACUUAUAAGGCCAACUCUUAUCCAUAUGUAGCCCAAAAGCUAUCCAAAUUCUAUUUUAAGACUGACCAUAUUCCAUCCACUAACUGCUUCCUCCAUGUGGCAGAACUUGGUUGCGCUUCAGCUUAUCCCAUGGUGCUUCGUGCAACUUAUCAACGCCUUUUGCCUGGUUGCCCAUUCAUCUGCUCACAAUUUGGCAAAAUGACAGCCAGCCAACUUCUAUCAUGGACACGGAGCACCAUCAGGCUUGUGCUAAUAAAGAAUUAAUGAUAUGCGGACAACUUAUUUAUACAGUAGUCACUCUUUGUGGGUUCUGGUAAGAGGAAUUUGGGCCAAGCAACACCUCCACUGAUAGUGCAUCACGAUACCACUGAAAAAGUGAGUGAAAUCUAUUGUUCAAAGAGAGGGCUCCAGCUCUAAAGAUAGUCUAAAUGACUGGGAGAAAACAAGCCUUCCACAAUCGUACCACAAAUGCCUAAUAAACUUCUAAGAGCGAU